AUGACGGGCCUUCCGCCGUCGAUGUAUCACCCGUCAUCAUCAGGCCGUAUUUCUCGUGGUCACUCACUAGACCGCGGUAGACUAUUAGGCGACCAAGCUCUUGUCCAGCGAGCACCACCUGAACUCCAUCGUGCGGGCUCGUGGUCGAUCCAUGGUGCAUCUGUCCCCCAAGUGGGUUCAGGUACGCCAUGGGAUACAGACACCCCGAUAGCAUCACCACCGACGCUAUCGAGUGGUCGCCGUCGUCCGCGCCGAACAUUGACUGACAAUGCGACCGAGUUUUUGCAUGCUGUCGACGAUCUCCUAGGCUCAAAUGUCCCCAGGCAUGCACCUCCAGUGUCGCAUAUCAUGAGUCCCGCUGAUGGUGUGCGAUCACCAGCGUCCCCGUUUGGUCCGCCUCCCAUUGGCAUGUCUGAACAUCCCUUUGCUGCUGCCGGCCUUGAUGCGCCAUCAUUGCGUCUUGGCGCCUCUAAAUUUGGCUUCUCUAUGCCAAAUAGUGCUGUUGGCUCACCCCGCAUUCGACCUCAAGAGGAUCGCUUCCUCAACAAUCCGUCGUCAUCGUCUUUGUCCGCGGACUGGCCCGCACCCACCACAACCGACCCAGAGUAUACCCGUUCUAUGUGGUCAUCUGUUCGUCUGCCGGGCCAGGUGCCUGAUCCUUUACUGUAUGGUGCGCCCAGUGGAUCUGUGUUGUCGUCGUCGCCGGACGAGACGACAGCGCCGCUGCAUGCGGAGACGUCUGUAGCGAUUGCGCUUGGCGAUGACGAACCACACCCAAACGCAACGCAAUCGCCUCCCUUUGCUGUACAUUCUCGGCCUGAGGUUUUUGAACGCACGCCAACCUUUUCUUCCAUUGAUCAUGACCUCGCAAGCAGGAUGCGCUCCAUGACCCUUCCCGUGGAUUUGUCUAUUCCUCCGCUGCUGAGAGAUCGAGCUGGCUCUAUGAAUCGCUUACAUGAAUCUCCGCCUCCAGGUCACCGAGUAGCGCCACGAAAUGCAUCGAAGACAGGUGCCCAUGCCAUGUAUUCGCCGUACGUACCAUCACCACCACCACCACUUUCAUUCUCAUCAGCUGCUGCUUUUGCCUCGCCAUCGUCCGUGACGUCACCGAACAUUCCAGACUCACCCGAGGCCGUGUCAUUUGAACAUGCCAUGUCUCCACGAAGCAUGAAACGACGCGAAGAUGGCAAAUGGUUUGGUCGCCCUGGCACACUGCGCCUUGGCGACACAGUGCAGGUGGGUCCUUCGUCAUCGUCAUCAUCUACGCCGACUCCUGCUGCUGCCUCGUCUACAUCGGCGCCGGCAGUCUCAGGGGCUCCGGCAGCGUCUGUGGAGGAAGACGCAAUGGGCCCCAUCAACAAUCCCGGCAUGACCGCCCCCUCUCAGUUAGGCAGGGCUAAGCCUAAUGUUGCACAUGAUGUGCAUGGUGUGGCCGAGUCGUUUGAUGCAUCGAUGCGGCGCCGGAACUCGGCGCGAAGCCGCACUGUAGCGCAUGCUGCCGCGGCUUACGAGGGCGCUGUGAAUGGCGGGCGUUUCCACCGACGCGAAGACGGAUCUUCGGGACCUUUGCGUACCGUUCCGCCUCCGUUGCAGGAAGGCGCUGGACACUGGGACUUUGGUGACGUGCGCGGCCAGCUUGCAGAAAUUAGCAUGGAUCAGCAUGGAAGCCGGCUGGUUCAAGAAAAGCUGGACCACUGCACGCCUGAAGAACGGACCCUUGUGUUUGAAGAACUGUUCCCCUGA